CAGCCUCCCUCAUUGUGCUCACAUGCACCUCUCUCAUACACUUCCUGUUUGUGAGGCACAGUGUGUGUGUGUGAAGCGCAGAAGUCUUUGAGCGCAGCAGUGAGCUACAACCAGAUACCAGCGGAUGAUUUCACGCUUGUUUCGCUGCGCUGCUCCGCCGUGCCCAGGAUGUGGGUUCGUCUGUUAAACCGUGAUGUGCGUGGUGAAUGAAUGGCAGUCGCACUGAGCUGGAGACACUUUGCCUUGGAUUCUUUGGACUCUUUAGACACAUUCAGAGGGUAUGGAUGCUGGACAGUAAACUGCAGAACCUGAGCGGUGAAGAUGCAGCACACCUCGUGCACAGAGGACAGGAUCCAGCAUGCUCUGGACAGGUGUCUGGACGGGCUGAGACGAAGUCCCACAGCAGCGCACCACUGGAACGUGCUAAUGUGCUCGGCGGGCCAGUCAAUGAACCGCUGGAGCCUGGAAGAGCUGGUGAAGAGGGACCCUGAGAACUUCCUCAUCCUAUUACAACAGAUCAUCAGGAAGACCCGAGAGGUUCAGGAGCAGUGUCAGUAUGAGCUGGUGGCUCCCCUCGCUAUCAUGUUCUCCUCCACAUUGCUUCAGACGCCAUACUGUCCUCCAGACACAGAGCUGCUGGAGGAAGCUGUUGAGGUGUUUCGCUGCUUCCUCACCUGGCCAGAGCCUUACUGCAGUGUGUGUAAAAACCUCCUCUCCACACUACAGCAGGAGAUCAAGGCCCCAGGGAUUUCCUAUCAGAGACUGGUGAGAGAAGAACAGGGCCUUAACACCUCCAGCCAGUGCUCCAAGACCAUGACUGUACUGCUGAUGAACCCAUGUGAGGUGCCCGCUGACUUUCUCUCAGUGGCUGAGCAGCUCAGUCACAUUCACCACUCGCAGAAAGAGACCUACAUCACCCUGAUCAAACAUGCCUUCCAGUCCACACUAGGCACCAAGUACCCUCUACAUAGCAUCCAUAAAGUCCUGCAGGAAAAAACGGUUAGUGAAUUGGAGGAGCUCUUCUCUGCUGUAAGUGAUGUCUUAGAGACGGCUGCUGCCAUGAGUGAUGCUCUGAAGGGCCGCGAUCAUGUGAUUCAGGGACUUGAGCAAUUAAGGAAGAGCAUGAGAAUUCCAGCAUCCAACGGAAGAAAGUCUGAUGGAAUGCUACAAACUCUGCCCAUGCCUACAGCCAAGUGUUACAUGUUUCACUGGGAAAAGGAUAACUUUGAUGUUCUGAACACCCUUUUGGAGCAUGACCCUGAUGGGCAAGCUGAGGAGGAAGAGGAUGUAGACAUUUAUUAUGAGGAGGAGGGUGUAGCAGAGAUUGAUGCAGAAUUAGAGGAGGAGGAAGAAGACAAAGAAGAGGAUGAACACGGAGUAGAAUUGCCUUCAAUGUCUAUGAUCCGUAAUGGCUACAGUGCCAACCAUCGUGCCUCCACCUUCUCCACCAUCUCCUCCCUGUCCACUGCCUCCAAAGACUCCAUGUUCUCCACCUUGUCCGUAGCCUCAGAGUCCUACGCUCCGUCCCUCUUCUCCGUGACUUCUGCUGGUGACAGUGACUACUUUGAAGAUUCAGAUGACUAUAUCUGCUCCUCUCCUGUUGCUGAUAAAUGUUCACCAAAAUCUAUCAACAAAGCAUCAGUUCGGCUCAGCCAGCACUUGUAUCGGCUCUUCAUCAAACCCAAGAGCCCUCGGUCACUGUCACGAGCCAAAAGCUUAGGAAACACGGAAUCAAAAGACCUUUUAAUGGUGCGAGAGAAGCGCUCCAACUCUCUACCACAGCAAGUCAAGUUACGCAGUCCUGAGCCCUUCCUCCAGCCAUUAAGUCAAACUCUCAGACAUGUCUGCUUCCGAAGGAGGCCCAUUCUCAGCAGCGAUGAGGACAGUAAGAAUACUACGCUGAGGGUGGUGGUGUUUGGUGCUGAUCAUGUAGCGGGGAAGGUGGCCCGAGCCUACAACAGCCUGAGGAGGAAGGAGAGUGCGUGCCCGCGUCUCAGUAGGGCCUUCAAACUUCAGUUCUACUUUGUGCCUGUGAAGAGAGACUCAGCAGCAGGGCCAGGAAGUCUGAGGUCUCCCAGUCCUGUGGUUCAAAGUUCUCCAAAGGGAGCAUCGGUGCUUAAUGAUCUUCACCUCGCGAGCACAGGGGACAGCACUAACGAUAUUGCCCACCUCCUGGGUAUGUUGGACCCUUGGUACGAAAGAAACACCCUUAGUCUGCUUAAGUUACCCGCCAACGUCGUCUGCCAGCAAACCUCAAAGACGGAGUCAGAGUCAUAUGAUAGUUCUUAUGAGAAACGUCUUCCCAUCCUGGCUGACUUGGUCCUGUACUACUGCCGCUAUGCUGUCCGGCCUGCUCUGAUCCAGCUCUAUCAGGCUGAGUUGACAUUAGCUUGUGGAGAGAGGAGGACCGAAGUGUUCGUCCACUCCCUAGAGUUGGGUCACACUGCUGGAACGCGAGCCAUCAAGGCUAUGGGUGCUGCCAGUAAACGGUUUGGUAUUGACGGUGACCGAGAAGCAGUGCCUCUCAUGUUGGAAGUGGUGUACAACAGGGUGGUGAUUAGUGGGAGAAGUCAAUGGAAAAGAGAAACCAAAGUCUGUACUUCAGUGAACUUGACAAAAGCAUGCAAGAAUCCCGAGGAACUAGACUCAAAGAUGGAGUGUCUGCAGCUCACGAUGACUGAGGUCCUGAAGAGACAGAACUGUAAAAGCAAGAAGGGCUACAACCAGCAGCUGAGUGUGACAGAGGUAAAGGUGGACAAGGUGCAGGUCAGUGGUGCUGGAAACACAACCUUUGCUGUAUGUCUGGACCAGGAUGAGAAAAAAGUACUGCAGAGCGUCACCAGAUGUGACAUAUCAGUGUGCUAUAAACCUGACAGCUCCACUGACUGGAGGUUAAGAAAAAUUCCGACCUCAGCCCAAAUCCAGCCUCUCAACCCCACCUUCUGCUCCCUCCUCUGCCUGCCCAUCCUCACUUUUAGUGGGGCUCUUCCCUGAGUCUGCUGACCGCUGGUUUGGAUGGUUUGAAAGGAAAAAUUCUGUGUAUUUAUUUAUGCUCUGAAUAACAGACACUGACUGCAUAAUAAAAGUGCACAGGACAUACAGUUUCUCCAUUUCCGCAUGGUGUCAUGAAACUGCUGUGGUUGAGUUCACAAGAUGGCAGCCUCAAACAGCAGUGGGUCGCAUCUGUUGGAAACACAAGAACCUGUGCAGAAGGGGUAAUCAAGAAGGGGAAUACCUGGCCUGUGAUCAUUAAGACAAGUACAUACCAAAGAACCUGAGAAACGGAGAAUGACAAGAUACUAUAGUUCUACACCAUAGUUGAUGUUAAGUUCAGCUAUCUCUGUACAACACAACCAUUCACUGUUGUUAAGGAAGCUCUUCAAGUUUCACAGGUAUCCACAGGUUUCAGUUCCUCUUUUCCUCCUGACAAAGAAGUGGCCUUCCCCAUGGUAAGAUUAGAAUGUAAUUUGGUUAAACAGGGUGAAUCUACAGUACAGGAUCUCCGUUCAGACGGCACCCAAACUGGAAACACCAGUUUGUUGUAAUAAGCCGAGAGAUGGAAUAUAAAAAUGUCAACACCAUCUUGGAGUCGAAGUUUGAGAACUCUUUCCUGGAUCAGCUGACAUGGACAUGUCAGACCAGGGGGAAUUUGACGCCUGUCGACAAUACUGUACUAUGUAAUGCCUCCAUCAAGGGUGAUCAUGGGACUUUGUGACUAUAUAUGAGAAUGGACACUAUGGACUUACACAAUAUGUAAAUAAUAUGUUUGUAAAAUAUUGUAUUGUAUACUAUAACUUGAAUGUUGCACCAUAACGUUUUGUCUGUUAAACAUGGGCUUUAAUGAUAACAUUUCUCCUAAGGAGUUACAAUGCAGUCACUGUUUUAACUGGAGUUAUAAAUUUGACCAGCAGGGGGCUCUGUUGACAUUCCUACUGACUUCAGCUCAUGUACAGAGAGUUGAUGAUACUUGUAAAGUCUCACUUUGUAAAAACUGUAUUGGAAUUGAUGUAUAGAACAUAUUUUGGCUCUUGCAAAGUGCUAACCUUUAUUUCAUCAAGGGCACAGAUGGAAGAUAUGAAUUUGAUAUUGUGGUGCUAAAAAUAUCUUUAUCUUUAAAAAAAAAAGACUAUUUCAUUGCACUUUGCAUACUGUUUUCUACUGUAUGACACACACACACACACACACACAUAGUCAUAGUUAUGUUGCUGUAAGGGGAUAAUCCCCAGACAACCUGACCGAGUCUGAAAUAGCAUCACUGCACAUUAUCAUAUUAUGUUAUAUUAUAUGGAUUUGAAGCACUUGAACAUUAGAUUAAUGAAUUAGGUACUUUUAUGUUCACAUUAAUGCCCUACUUGCCUUCUCUGAUGGAAAUACUGCAAUAAUGUUUUGUUUUUUUUUAAAUAAUUGUAUGUGUAUCAUCUAUGUAUUGGAUACAUCUGAAAUCCAGUCUUCAUUAAAAUCA